UAACCACAAACCGAAUUUUCGUUCAUUUAGACGAUAUAUACUUUUUAAAUUGCCCAAAGUUGUGGGAUUUUUUUGGAGCGCAUUUCACCCUGGAGCGGUACGCGAUGCUCUCUCACGCCGACCUCCUGGAUGCUCGGCUCGGGAUGAAGGAUGCUGCAGAGUUACUCGGACACCGAGAGGCUCUCAAGUGCCGGCUGGGUGGUGGGGUGCCAGACCAGGGGCAUCCGGGAGACAUGGCCCCUGGUUCGGACUCUGUAGAGGGAACCACUCUUCUGCCGGGAGAAGACAUCGCCACUGUGGGAUCCAACUCCGCCGGCAUGCCGGUGAACGGCAAGGAGCAGGAGAAGCAGCAGCAGCAGCAGCAGCCGCAGCAGAGCUCCGGUCAGUCCGCCAGCCAGAAACAGAAGCGGCACAGGACGCGCUUCACCCCGGCGCAGCUCAACGAGCUGGAGCGCAGCUUCGCCAAAACCCACUACCCUGACAUCUUCAUGAGGGAGGAACUGGCGCUGAGGAUCGGCCUCACCGAGUCCAGAGUUCAGGUUUGGUUUCAGAACAGACGCGCAAAGUGGAAGAAAAGGAAGAAGACCACCAAUGUUUUCCGCGCCCCGGGGACGCUGCUCCCGACACCGGGCCUGCCACAGUUCUCUGCCGCGGCCGCCAUGGAGAACAGCCUGUGCUCCUUCCACGCCAACGACUCUCGCUGGGCCACGGGGAUGCCGGGAGUGUCGCAGUUGCAGCUCCCGCCGGCCCUGGGUCGCCAGCCGGGCAUGCCACAGUCUCUGUCACAGUGCAGCUUAGGUCCAGGCCCGCCUCCAAACUCCAUGGGUCUCUCCAACGGCCUUUCCUCCAACGGCUCCGGUCUGCAGUCCCACCUCUACCAGUCGCAUUUCCCGGGAAUGUCGGCCUCUCUCUCCGGCCCCACGAACGUAUCGGGCUCCCCGCAGCUGUGUAGUUCACCGGACAGUGACAUGUGGAGAGGGACAAGCAUCGCGUCACUGCGGCGCAAAGCGCUGGAGCACACAGUGUCCAUGAGUUUCACUUAGUGACUUUUCAAAAAAACACCCCAGCGCGCCCCUCUCCUCCUCACCCCCCUCUCCCAGCCCCACCCUGCGGCUCUUUUUCUGUUUUUAUUCCCGCUAUUAGAUCAAAACGUGAGAACGAGCGAGCUAAUCAGGCCUGAAAUGUGAGAAAAUGGAGACUGUGUGUGACUUCAUCUAGACAUAAUGACAAAAAAGGACAACACUGAUGGACAAAUGGAAGAAAAAAUAUCUUGGGUUUUGGGGUUAUUUAUCUUGUUAAUUCAAAAGGAUUUUAUCAACUAUUGAUAAUAAAUCUAUUGUAAUGAUCUCUAGACUAUAGGCCCUAAUUAUUGAGAGCCAAACAAUCGUUGUAUUUACGUUUUCAUUGAGUGUGUCUUUACGCACACAUGUUAUUGUGUUCAGGUGAAGUUGUGUUAUGUCAAACGGUAAUUUAUAAGAUUGGGUAUAAAUUUUUGGUAACAGCCUACCACACACGCUCCAUACUGUAGGUGGGCCUAUUGAACUGGGUCUCGGGCAUGCACUGUGCAUGUGGAUUUAAACGCUUGGAUAAUUUAAGGAGAAAAUGGUGCCCACUCAGAUUGAAGAGGUGCUUUUUGUGAGGCGACCUCGGUCUCGUCUGCAUGAGACGGGAGCAUAAACCUAAAGAGGGAAAAAAAUGAACAAUGAUCUUUCAGUAGGCCUACGCUGUUUUAGGAUGUUUUGUGUAGAUGAAACAUUCUUGCUAUGUACCCGCUGGUCUUUUUUGUGACAUGUUUUAACUUAUUGUAUGUGCUAUUACUUGACACAUUUCUUAAAUGUUUGAUCUUACAUCGAAAUGCACCACA